AUGUGGUGGGGUAAUGACAGUGACCUCCCUGGCUUCAUUCUGGUUGGUUUUUCAGACCGGCCUCAGUUAGAAUUGAUUCUCUUUGGGGUAAUCUUGUUCCUUUACCUCAUGACCCUUCUUGGCAACACUACCAUCAUUCUAGUGUCCCUUGUGGAUUCAAAGCUCCACACUCCCAUGUACUUCUUCCUGUCCCAUCUCUCCUUCCUGGACCUGUGCUUUACCAGUAGCAUAAUCCCUCAGCUUCUAGUCAACCUUCGAGGUUCAGAUAAGUCCAUCACCUAUGGGGGCUGUGUGGUUCAGCUCUAUGUCUCCCUUGCAUUGGGAUCCACUGAGUGUGUUCUCCUGGCCGUGAUGUCCUACGAUCGCUAUGUGGCUGUCUGCAGACCCCUCCAUUACGCUUUUGCUAUGCAUCCCCAGCUUUGCAUGACUCUGGCAUCUAUGGCAUGGCUCAGUGGAGUGGCCACCACCUUGGUACAAUCCACCCUCACCAUGCAGCUGCCCUUCUGCGGACACCGCCGAGUGGAUCAUUUCUUCUGUGAGGUCCCUGUGCUCAUCAAGUUGGCUUGUGUGGACACCACCUUCAACCAGGCCGAGCUCUUUGUGGCUAGUGUCUUAUUCUUAGUGCUGCCCUUGUCACUCAUCUUGGUCUCCUAUGGCUACAUUACCCAAGCGGUGUUGAGGAUCAAGUCAGCUACUGGGAGACAGAAAGCAUUUGGGACGUGUUCCUCCCACCUCCUGGUGGUCACCAUCUUCUAUGGAACCAUCAUCUUCAUGUACCUGCAGCCUGCCAAGAGUCGAUCCAAGGACCAGGGGAAGUUUGUUUCCCUCUUCUACACGGUGGUGACCCCCAUGCUGAACCCUCUUAUUUAUACCCUGAGGAACAAGGAAGUGAAGGCAGCACUGAAGAAAAUUCUAGGGAAUAAAACGUUGAGCCGCACUUUUUGA